AUGCGAAAGAGUGUUACACAGGAACACAAAGCACGAUACCUGGAUUACCUAAUGAAUACUAAAGCAGUAAAAAGGCCAACAGCUACACAGGGAGCUGCAAACAGAACUGAAUUGCACAAACAGCGUGCCGGAGAUGCGCCAGAAACGAAACAGAACGCCAGAAAGGCUAAUCACGGGCAGGGUCAGGCUACAGGCAGGGUACCCUGCCUUGCCCGUUUGGCCCUGCCUGGAGUAUAUAUUCUGAACCAAAUCCAUGCCGUAGCGCCUCCCUCCUCCCCUAAACUUCUGCUCAUUGCCCACCGUCGAUCCGUCAUCAGUAGCCUCCCUCCAGUUCCAAGCUCUAGUUCGGCAGUUCAAGACUUCCACGGUUCCACUCAAGCUCAACUCAUCGAGACGCUCAGACACCGACCGGUUUUGACUUCCAAGCUCAACUCGCCGAGCAGCGACACCACCUCCGUCUUUGCAUUCUCUCAACCUCAACUCACUGAGAUGCCGACCAGUUCCAAAGUCAACUCACUGAGCACCAACAACGACCGCCUCCGUCUUCGCAUUCCCUCAAGCUCAACUCGCCAUUUAAUGGAUGAGGAAACUUCUAUUACAUCACCAUCCUCGGCCAUUGGUGGAGUGUCUCAAGGUGCUUCACCCCCUCUUCAAACACCAAUUCCUACUGGACCUAAUCAAACACCAAAUCCUAAUAGACCUAGUGAAGCUUCUACCACUAGCCCUACUCUUCCUAUUCAGCCUCCAUCUUAUCCUGCCCUCUCUUGUCCCAUCUCUCCUUCUACUACCCCUACUCCCCCACAAACAAGUUCUGCCACACUAUAA